CCACGCACCCCUGCACGACCCAUGGCUCUACCCUCUCGUCCCCAGUUGGCAUGGGUGGCUCAGACCGCCGCGCGUAAACCCAGUCCAGUGCAGCAGCAUGGCCGCCAUGGUCAGAGCAUGCAUGCCACUCCGCACCCCUCCUGCCGCCGCGUCCUCCACCGCCACCGCGCCCGCUGCCCCGAGCAAGCCGCGCUCGAACGCCCGCGUCCUCGUGCUCGGCGGCACCGGCCGUGUCGGCGGCUCCACGGCCACCGCGCUCUCCAAGCUCCGCCCCGACCUUAACAUCCUCAUCGGCGGCAGGAACCGGGAGAAAGGUGAGUCUUUGGCAUCUGAGCUUGGCGAGCAAUCCGAGUUUGUGAAAAUUGAUACUGGCAACGCAGCCAUGUUGGAGAAAGCGCUAGAGGAUGUGGACUUGGUUGUUCAUACUGCUGGGCCUUUCCAGAGAGAGGCUGAAUGCGCUGUCCUGCGGGCGGCGAUAUCGACCAAGACAGCAUAUAUCGAUGUUUGUGAUGAUAUGGACUAUUCAUGGAGAGCCAAAGCUUUUCAUGAAGAAGCAAAAGCUCAAGGUGUUCCAGCUAUUACAACCGCCGGCAUAUAUCCUGGAGUGAGCAAUGUGAUGGCUGCUGAGCUUGUGAGUGCUGCAAGAAGUGAAGAUGGAGAGCCUGAAAGACUAAGAUUCUUCUAUUAUACUGCAGGCUCUGGUGGUGCUGGCCCAACAAUAUUGGCGACAAGUUUUCUGCUUCUUGGGGAGGAUGUAAUUGCAUAUAACAAAGGAGAAGAAAUCAAAUUGAAGCCCUACAGUGGAGUUCUCAACAUUGAUUUCGGAAAAGGGGUCAGAAAGAGAGAUGUUUACUUACUGAAUUUGCCUGAAGUGAAGAGUGCUCAUAAAUUUUUAGGUGUCCCAACUGUCAGUGCUCGAUUUGGUACUGCUCCUUUCUUCUGGAAUUGGGGAAUGGAGGCUUUCGCUAAAUUUUUACCUGUUGAGUUGUUAAGGGAUAAAGAUAAGGUUGGAAAGUUGGUUAAAGAAAUUGAUCCCCUUGUUCGAGCCAUUGAUGGCAUUGUAGGAGAGCGUGUGUCCAUGAGAGUAGACUUGGAGUGUUCGAAUGGCCGAAAUACUAUUGGAUUAUUUUCUCAUAGAAAACUAUCUGUAUCGGUGGGCCAUUCAACGGCUGCAUUUGUUCAAGCAGUUCUGGAGGGAAGCACGCAACCAGGUGUUUGGUUUCCGGAAGAGCCAGAGGGAAUAGCAAUUGAAUCAAGGAAGCUGCUUCUUGAGCGUGCGUCCCAAGGAACAACAAAUUUCGUGAUGAACAAGCCUUCAUGGAUGAUAGAGACUGAUCCAAAGGAAGUUAUCCUAGGAAUAUACGUGUGAGAAAAAAACUGAAAAAAGAAACACACACAGUUGAAUAUGGAUAGAUCAGUUUAUAACUCUAUCCUAAUUUUGUCGAUCGAAUAUUGGAGAAACUUAUGGAAGUUCUGGAGUUAUUACCGAGGAUAAAAAGUAGCCACAAUUAGUACGGUGUAGACUGCAGCAAGGAGAAUCCUCUCCAUAACAUUCCUGUGUGACAUUUUAGAAAAUGCUGUAAAUAACAUAAUGAUCAAUAUAUGUAGCAUUAUAAAACUGCAACUGAGAAAGGACAUGCUAGCUUAUUCGACAAGUUGGGGAAGGAAUUCAUGAAUAGUACGAUGAUAGAACAUAAGAGUUACUCCUUCCA